AUGAAAAAUUUGCAUGCCAGAGUGUGUUUCUCUGCACAUGGAAGGUAUCAUAACAUACGUUAUAAUUCCUCAGGAUGUUACGAAUACGACGUAGUCGUAAUAGGUGGAGGAAUAAUUGGUACUGCAAUUGCAAAAACAAUCAAAGAAAAAAUACAACAAAAAAAAGUUGCUCUCCUUGAAAAAGAGUCUGAUUUGGCUCUUUAUCAAAGCAGUCACAACAGUCAAGUAAUACACGCUGGUAUUCACUAUAGAGUAGAUUCUUUAAAAGCAAAACUAUGCGCCGAAGGUUCUAAUCUUAUUUACAGAUAUUGCGAAUCUCGCAACAUUCCUGUUAAAAAAUGUGGAAAACUAAUAAUUGCAACAACUUGUUUGGAUAAAUUCCGAUUGAAUCAGUUGUACAAACUAGGUUUGCAGAAUAAAGUUUAUGGUUUAGAACUUCUGAACAACUGGAAAAAAGUUGAGAGUAUUCAACCUAACUGUAAAGGUCUGCUUGCAUUAUGGUCUCCCAAUAGUGGUAAUGUCGACUGGAAAAAUGUAACACAAAGCUUUGCAAAUGAUUUUAAAGCUAAGCACGGAGAUAUUUUCUUUAAUUGCAGAGUUAAUUCUAUUAAAGAAUCUACGAAACCUUCACACCCUUUGAUGAUAGCAGAAUCAACAAACUGCAAAGUAUUUUUUGCUAAGUACGCAGUUAUUUGCCUUGGUGUGCAUUCUGGAACAUUAAUACAAUAUAGCAAACAAAAUGAUUAUAAAAACAUUUCGUUACAAGUUAGUUAUUAUUACCUGAAUCCAAAAUUACACAGAUUUAUAAAAACAAAUAUUUAUGCAAUGCCACAUAUAGAUAUGCCAUUUAUUGGUGUUCAUUUAAGUCCCACUGUAGAUGAUAAAAUAUUGUUAGGACCAAAUGCUGUUCCAAUACUACAAUUAGACGGCUACAAGCAGUCUUCGUUUGAUUUUGAGUAUGUAAAAGACCAUGUAUUGUCUAAGGGAUUUGGAUUAUUAUUUCUAAAAAACUUCCAGUCUUGCCUUAAUCAAGUUUUAGAAAAAAUUCUCUCUGAUGUGAGAACUUCUACGCUGAACAAAUAUUUUCCGAUGCUUUCAAAGAAUGAUAUUCUGCCAGGGCCAACAGCUGUACAAGGACAAAUUGUUACAAACGACGGAGAAUUUGUAGAUGACUUUUUGAUCGAAAUAUUUGGAGACGAAGGGAUACAAAAACGUAUAAUUAACUGCAGAUUUGUUCCAAGCCCUGGUGCCACAUGUUCAUUAGCGAUAGCAGAGAUGAUAUACGCCGAAAUUGCGAAAAAACUAACUUAA